AUGUUGGAACUCAAAUUGCCUUCCCGGAUAACGACACCCAGGAUGCGAGUUCGACUUUGGUGGAACCAGCGUGUAGUGACCGAGCUUCAGAGAGAUGCGCAGCGUCUCAAGUUGCCGGAGUGUCGGAAGUUCCAAAUGAUGAUGUCUCUUCGGAUGAUGAACCCGACGCCCUGGUACAUGAGACCUCAGGUCGCGCUGUGGAACGUUUGGAAUCGGAAUAUGAGAGAGUCAUGCAGGCGAACGAUGAAGAAGCCCUGA